AGCGGAGCACCUGGUGCCAGCCUUCCUAAAGGGUGACUUGUCCUACAUCAAAAUCUUCCUGGGAACUUACAGAACCUAUGCCACCACCCAGCAGGUCCUAGACCUGCUGUUCCAAAGAACUUAGACAAUAAAAUCCCAGCACAAUGCCCCUAAUUGAAGAUACUAACCCAGUUAAAGGCAGCAUGGAAGAAGUGUCUCCCAAAUGUUUGCUGUCAGAAUUGUAUGCAUUUGUUGAAGAUUUUGAAAAGGAGAGCAAGAAAUGUAGUAUCAAAAAAACUCACAAUAUGUCUCUUAGUGAAGCACAGAAAAUGCUUAGUCAAAGCUUGUAUGGCAUGUCACUCAUAAGCGGAACUGUCAUAAGAAGAGGAGACCCUCAACCUGUUCUUAUGUGCACACUGGUUAAAAAAGAGAACUGGGAGAGGCCCAAAUCAAUGACAGACCUCCUCCACCACAGUCUGCUUUCAGGCUCCCUCUCUGCGGUGCAUAAGCUCCGCAGGUCGCAAGCAAGACUCGCUCAGAGUGGAAUCCCUCCGCCUGCGCACACCUUCCCUUAUGAGAUUCUCAUCGAUCACGCUAACUCGUUGAAGACAGCCACCGUCCGGAAGAAAGUUCAGAACACCUUGGUGUUAUGCAAGCUGGGUAUUUCCAAGAUCUCCGUCCCAGAAAAGUUUAUUGUUGAAGAUAAACUUCCUAAAUACUUCUUAAUUAAUCCAGAAAAACAAUUCUUGGAUCUAAAGGAUCUGGAGUGGAGAUAUUAUAAAGGGCUUGUGAAAUGGACACACACUACUUCAGAUUCAUUCAUAGACAUAAAAUGCAACAAGGAGAUGAGAUUUGUAGAGAGCCAGCUGAUGCCUGAUGAUAUUUUCCCCCCUCUAGUUCUUGCCAUCAAGAUGAUCCUGACUCAUGGCGGCCCCAUGGGUUGCAGAGUACGACUGCUCCAUAGAGAAUUCACGGCUGUAAUCACCAGGCCUCUUUUCCAAGGCACCCCUGGGCACAUAGGAAAAUUACAUCAAUCAUAAAAUGGAGGACAACCACACAAUACUGGGAAUCAUGGCCUAACC